CUGAGUAUUAUGGUUUUGGUUUUCACAAGCUGUUGUUCCUUUGUGGAGCAAGAGACGAAGAGACGAAAACAACUUGCAGGCUUGGAGUAGACAACGGCAGUCUUUGGAAUCCCCACUGAGAUGGCGAUGCCGUGCUACGACCACUUAACGCGGACUGGACUCCAUGGACGUCCCGCAUAUGCACAGUUGAUAUCACUUGGCGUCUUCCUCAGUGUUUCAUUCACCUUUGGUGCUCUACCCGAUUUCACUUGUUACAACGUCAGCCCUGUUCUGGCGAGUAAUCACAUCAUCGGUGGAUACAAGAGUGGAAGUGACAUCAAUGCCGGAGUCUCCUUUGAGCGAGUACUAGACACGGGCGGUGGAGAGACCCUACCUACCGGAAGUUACUCAACUGAUGAGAGACCUGAUAUCAAUCUGUACGCUGGCAAGUACACCAUGCCAUCGGCUGCUGGAGACACCAGGAUUGGUGUCUACAAUUGUAUAUUCGACCAACCGAGCACCAAUAUUACUACAAUCAUAUUGCCUGCUAAUGGUGACAUUCAACCACAAUCACCGACUGUGACAACCAGUGUUGGUGAAAAUGUGACACUGACAGUGACCUUCAGUGCUAGCGUGGCAGUGAGUGAUCUACGAUGGAAGCACAAUGGUCAUGACGUCACUGAGUGGAAUGGCCAAUCAGCGGUCACCAUCAAUGAUGCCGAUGCUAUCAAUGCUGGUAUCUAUGAAUGCUACCAAGAUGGAAAUUGGGCUGCUCAGAAGCACGCCUUGAUGAAACUAAUUGUUAGAGAAUGUCCUGUCAAUAAAUGGGGGUCGUCAUGCGAUGGCAACUGUCCAGUGUGUCACAAUGGUGGUAUGUGUGACGAUAGAAGUGGCAAAUGCCUUUGUGCGCCUGGGUUUACUGGCGACUUCUGUGAAAUAUUGUUUGGAAAGAACCGGUUCGGGCAUGAUUGCGGUAUCACGUGCUCUCAGCGUAACAUAGAUGGUUGUCGAGGAAACCUGAUGUGUCUCCAAGAUCCCUUCGGAUGUACAUGUGCUGCUGGUUUCACUGGCUUGGACUGUCGAUCACCUUGUGUGGACGGGUACUUUGGUGCUGGUUGUAGCCACCAAUGUCACUGCGAUGGUGCCGCAGUGUGUGACAAAGGUACUGGGACAUGCCCGUCUGGUGUGCCGUGUGAAGAGGGCUACAGAGGAGAAAACUGCCAAAAUUCUUGUCAACCGGGUGAAAUUGGAGUCGAUGCUUGUGUCACGUGUCCAGUUCCCAUUGCGGUGAAGAACUUUAACAUUACAGUGUCAAGUACCACCACAAGGCAGCUGGCAUGGUCUGCCGCGUCCAAUAUGUGCCCUGUGAGUAACUAUAGCAUUCAACAUGAGCUGGUGAAUCAGGAUCAAUGCCAACCGGCCUCUGGUAACUACAUUGACGUAGCGACUGUCGAUACACAGUCCUCUUCCUACACAUGGCAAGUACCAAACGAUGAUGAUCCCCAGUAUCUGCCGUACUCCACGUACAAGAUCCGUGUGCGGGCCAAGAACGAGGCUGGCCUUGGUCAGUUUGAAGGCGUCACCUUUGACGAGUUCACCACGGCUGAAGGACGACCACACGCCCCUCCAGAUAAUGUCGAAUUCUUCAAUUCCACCGAUGACAGUGUCAGCUUCCAGUGGGAUGAAGUGCCGUGCGGCAGCAGAGGUGGCCUUGUCACUCUUUACAUAUUCGACUUAUCCACUACAAAUGAUGUCCAGCCGCGUCGCUCGUCUUAUGAAAUGUCUGUGCGUAUUGAUGACGCCAUUCUGCCCUGCACUGACUACACUUUGCAGGUCGCAGCUCUAACAACGUAUGGUCCUGGACCGUACAGUAACCGCACAUCAGUGACCACGUCCUCACGAGGUAACUUUGGCCCAAACGCGCACGGCCCAGUAGAGAAUCUUAACACCAGUGCCGGACCAGCACCCGACGAAUUGCAAGUUAGUUGGGACGCGCCAGAUACCAGUCGCAACCCCUGCAGUAUUGAGUUCAUUGUAGAAUAUGAGUUGAUAACGAGAGACCAGUGCGAGACGCUUAGCUCACCGAGGCGUGUACCCUAUGGCUUAGGCGGAGACACAGGCCUCAUCAUCGCCGGACUGGAAGCACACUCGACGUACAAGGUGUAUGUGAGAACUAGCAACGAGGCAGGUGAAAGCGACGAGAAAUCAAUCCAAAGCAUUACAUCUUCUAAAGCACCACAAGCCCCUCCAAGUAAUGUCGAAUUCUUCAAUUCAACCGAUGAAAGUGUGAGUUUCCAAUGGGAUGAAGUAUCCUGUGGCAGCAGAGGUGGGGUUGUUAGUUUAUACAUGUUCAACUUAUCCACUGCAUUUGAUUUCAUGAGUGGCUCGUCUUAUGAAAUGUCUGUGCGUAUUGAUGACGCCAUUCUGCCCUGCACUGACUACACUUUGCAGGUCGCAGCUCUAACAACGUAUGGUCCUGGACCGUACAGUAACCGCACAUCAGUGACCACAUCCACACGAGCGCACGGCCCAGUAGAGAAUCUUAACACCAGUGCCGGACCAGCACCAGACGAAUUGCAAGUUAGUUGGGACGCGCCAGAUACCAGCCGCAACCCCUGCAGUAUUGAGUUCAUUGUAGAAUAUGAGUUGAUAACGAGAGACCAGUGCGAGACGCUUAGCUCACCGAGGCGUGUACCCUAUGGCUUAGGCGGAGACACAGGCCUCAUCAUCGGUGGACUGGAAGCACACUCGACGUACAAGGUGUAUGUGAGAACUAGCAACGAGGCAGGUGAAAGCGACGAGAAAUCAAUCCAAAGCAUUACAUCUUCUAAAGAACCAACCAAAGCCCCUGCUGAUUUUACAUCCACGAAUCAGACGAAAACCAGCAUUCGACUCGCAUGGGGUGAGAUACCGUGCGGUGAGAGAAAUGCAGACAUUGUAGGAUAUUCGUUGGACUACCGGGUGUUGGAGAAACCAUACAAUAAGACAUUUAAGCCAAGUGCAUCAUUCACUCCAGUCGACAUCUCGGAAUCUGCAAUGCUUCAUACUGUGACCGGUUUGGAGCCGUCGACAAAAUACGAAUUCCGACUUGCUGGAGUGGCAAGACUGGACGUGGAUACACCUGGUCCUUAUGGAGUCCUAGAUAUAAACACAGCAGUAGAAACAGAUAUUAAGCCACCAGCAGAACCCUCCGUGGAAUCAUCGUUAACGACUUCAUCCACGGUCACCAUUACGUUAUCACCGCCCGCUGUGUCAACGUACAUCACUGAUUUUCAGAUCAGCGUUCAGCCGGUCGGGCAAGCAAGUGACGUACCAGUGCGAGCGGGUCUUCGCCAUUACGGACCGAGUAGUGCAGUGUCACUAGACAACAGGUACGUGACUGCAGAAUUCAGCAAAGAGGACUUACCGGAUACCUUCACCGUGGGAGAUAACGGGACCUACGGCGGAUAUCGCAAUCUACCCUUGCAAGCUGAGACCGCGUAUGAUAUAUACCUUGGGUCAGUCAGUAGCACUUCUGACACGGAGACUGUUGUUUUCCGGGAAGAACCGCUAAGAGUCAAAGUGGCUGGAAGUAAUUUCGGAAACAACGAUAGUCAAGGCGGUUUCCCUGUGGCUGCGUUGGUAGUUCCCUUCCUGCUCAUCAUCUUAGUGGGAUUAGCCGUUGGAGUAAUCUUUAUAAGACGACGAGCAAGAAAACAGACAUUGAGCUCGGAUGGUAUCAACUUGGAUUCGAGUAAUGAUCUAAAAGACAUCAAUCUCGGCACGUUUAAUGCGGCAGAGGAGAUCUGUAAUUCGGAAGAGGCCGCAUCUAUACCUAGCGUUCCUUCACAGUCGCUUGUCGUCGCGGCCAAACCUAAGCCUACCCAGCGGAAGAGGCAAGCGUCUCACCAGCCCGUGGCCCUGGCUGACUUUGAGGACUAUGUUUGGAAGAAGAAGCAUGACUUGCAUGGGGACGCAAAUGGAUUUCUCAGAGAUUAUAAGAGUUUGCCGGAUGGGACUCUCAACCCCAGUUCCGUAGCAAGACACGAGCAGAACAGAGCAAAGAACCGCUACGCCAACAUUAUUCCUUACGACGAUUAUCGUGUCGUACUUGAAGAACUACCAGAUGACCCGUACUCGGAUUACGUGAACGCAAGUUACAUUGACGGUUUCAAUGAAGCAAACAGGUACAUUGCAAGUCAAGGUCCAAACAAGGCCUCUGUGACUGACAUGUGGCGCAUGGUUUGGCAGAAAAACACGUCUAAGAUCGUUAUGUUGACCAACCUACUGGAAGGCGUCAAGAGUAAGUGUGCUCAAUACUGGCCAGAUGACACAGCAACCUACGGGCAGCUGACGGUUAGACUACAGGCAGAGGAGAGACAUGUAGACUACACCAUACGCGAUUUUAAACUACAAAAAGAGGGUCAGUCUACCAGAAAUGUGCGUCAGUACCACUUCACGUCGUGGCCGGAUAUGGGUGUACCUUACGACCCAAGUAAGGUCAUCAGCUUCGUCAAAAUGGUCAAGGCGUACAGCUCCAAAGACACCGGACCAAUGGUUGUACAUUGCAGUGCUGGAGUUGGCCGUACUGGAGCCUACAUCGUACUCGACGCCAUGCUGGAUCAAGCCAGGAUAGAGGGCAAAGUUGACAUCUGGAACUUCGCUCGUAGAAUGAGAGACAGAAGAAUGAAAAUGAUUCAAACAGCCGCACAGUAUGAGUUCGUAUUUGAUGCUUUGUUAGAAGAAUUCAAAUAUGGCGGCACGUCCAUACAAGCAGAUGCCUUUCGCAGCGAACUAGCUGGCCUAAAGAAGACCAAUUCAAAUCGGACGACUGGGCUUCAAGAACAGUUUGAGAAACUCACUCGUCUGUCCAGUAUUGUGAGUUCAGACCAAUGUCUAGGAGGUCGGGAUCCGAAGAACGUUGGAAAGAAUAGAUUCCCAGACAAGUUACCAGUGGACCGUUUUAGACCUCGUCUGAUGACCGAAGGAGGAGAUGGAAGCACUGACUACAUCAAUGCAUGUUUUCUGAGUAGUCACAGCGCUAAGGGUGCGUACAUAGCGACCCAGAUGCCCCUACCAGGGACCGUCGGUGACUUGUGGCGAAUGGUCUAUGAUUACAACUGCUCAUGCAUCGUUAUGCUAAACAACUUGGACGACAAGGAUCCGACCUUCGGCAAGUAUUGGACCGAUGCGGGAUCCCUGACAUGUCCUCCGCUAGAUGUAAGCCUGGAGUCGACCGAGAAAAUGCCAAACAACAUUACGGUGCGCUAUCUGACCCUCACCAAUGCUAAAACCAAGGUAUCCCGAAUGUUAUGCCAUCUUCAACUGCCUGACUGGCCUAGUGGCAGGGUACCAGCGUCUCCAGUGACCGUCUUGCAGUUGGUUGCAGCGCUACGGGAAUGGCAGUGCGACCACACAGAAACAAGAAUUGUCAUCCACUGCAUUGACGGUGAGGGCGCUAGUGGCACAUUCUGUGCGCUUCUUAACAUCUUGGAGAAACUGAAAGACGAGAACGUUGUAGACGUCUUUCAUGCCGUGAGGAAGCUCAGAGAAGCUCGGCCCGGCAUGGUUCAGUCACUGGAGGAGUAUACAUUCCUGUAUGAUGCAGUGAGGACGCAUAUGGAGAGCGACAUUGUCUAUGAAAAUGUCCAGGCUGCUUCCAUCCAUGUAAGCUGCACAAGUCAAGUAUAGUGCCCCGUGUUGGCAAAUCUGGCUAUUCCAACGCCGAUCCACAACCGGUUGUUUUAAAUCUGUUUUUUUUUUUAUAUGAAUUAAACCCCUGAAGAGAAUCCACAAAACUGGCACCUUGUUUUAUUCAGUCUGGCUUUUAAACCAGGUCGUCUCUGCACAUACUGUGCCAUAUGAUUGAUAUUACUUUCAGAAACCUAGCCUCGUGUACCAUACUACCGUUACCAAAACCAUCGCCUUCCAAUACCAGUUGCAUCGCUAGCUGUAAAUAUAAUGAAACGUAUAUCAAUUGUAUUGAAACAAUUGCAUCGGUACUCACUCAGGAGUUUCAGAAUUUUAAACAUUAUCUUGUUUCUUCCAUGUUAUACUUUUCUUCCUACUCAAAAAUACAUUGCCUUAAAUUUAACAAUUAGUGCAGUCCGUUAUAGAAUAUUAUCUCAUUGUAAUGACUUAAAAAAAAACAAGUGAAAUAACUUGAAUGACAUUUGAGCAAAUACUUCUGCGCAAAAAAUGCUGCAUUUAUUCAGCAUAACCAUACACAUAUCUGUGCCAAUUUCGUCAGAGUCCAGAAGUGUGGCUCCUGGAAAAUACGAUAUGAAAAUUAAUCAAAUGAAAUAAUAGAUACCUAAAUUAAGUGUGAAAUUUAUAGCCUAUAUUUGAUGAAAUCAUUGGAUUUGGCUUCCGGCUGCUUGCGUUAUAAAGAACAUAGUGCUUUGUGUCUAUGUCGGAUUUAUCAACAGAAUGCCCAACCCGAGAUUUGGGAAUAUCUAAUUUAUAUUAAUUUAAACUCUCCCCUUUCACGACGGAUUGUGUACUUGCGUACUUUUGCAGAUUUUCUGCUUAUAUCCUUAAGAGAGCCAGGUAUCUUUUUAGGAAUCAGGCUAAAAUUGAGAAAUAAGUUUUCGUAUUAAAUAAAAGUACAUGAUUGUAUUCAAA